GGAACAGUUGAAACUUGUAUUUAUUUCAAUCCGCAGAUGCAACUUGCAUCAGCAAGACUGUAUAACAGUGAUCAGCACAAAAACGUUCUCUGAAAAUUUCAAAGGAACAGAGACUUUCAUGACACAAUGAGAAUACAACAACUCAUAAAACAAGUUUACAAAAUCAAGAAUUACAGAGCUACAGACAAAAUUAUAGAAUGCUUGCUGAGAAGAUAUUAUUAAGGAAACACAGCUUUCUACCAAGUUUUCAUCAUUUUAAGGACAGUAUUUUCACUUGGGUUAGGUAAAGGAAAAGUUUGACUGUCUGCAGGAACAGCCUAUGAGUCGCCUGGCAGCGGAAGGAAAUCCCUGAGACAUGUACAUCCAUGUGCUAUUGCAAGUGGAAAAAGAGGUAGGCAGGAGUUCCCUCCCUGAUGUAUCUGCCUCUGAUGGUUAUCCAAAAGCAAAUACCAGGCUUUGAGCUCAUCUGGCCUGGCUGUUUUAAUCCUUUGGCACAUUUCAGUUGGAUUUUUUCACUGAUAAUAGUCAAACAUACUGCUUGCUUUCUUCUAUGCCUAACACAACAGAUCUGACGUUACAGCAGAUACUGUUCUGGCAAAUCCCCCCUGCUGCACUCAGGGACCUGGGCAGAGACAGAUUGCUGCUGCUGAAAACUGCUCUCUCACACCUGUGUUCCAGCUCUAAGAUUUCUCCACUGGGCAAAAUUACCGUAGGUGCUUUUCUACUACUGGCAGAAAGAAACAUUAAAUAAAAACCAGCAGUACCCUGUUUCUUUCCUGAGGCUCUCUUUUCAGGCUGUUUUUAGAAAAUGAAGUAGAAGUAUCUGGGGUAUUUUUCAGUUUCUGUAUUGUUUCUAACACCUCUCUCACGCCUCAUGUUCUGUUCUCCCCACUCUGUACCCUUCUGUCAGCAGUUCCCAAUGCAGACUCUAGUCUUCCUUGUGUGAGAACACAUAACCGACUUCUUAAUACAAAAAAAAAAAAAAAAAAAAAAAAAAAAGGCAGUUUGGCCAAAAUCAGUUCAAGACAUUCCACAAGUUCAAUGUCAGCAUGCCUUAUACAGUUUGACUCAGCCUGCAUUCUGCAAGAUUGAUCCCAACAGGCACACUUGCCCUGGGUGAAGAGUCCCCCUGAAAGGUUAAAAUUCCUGCAAUAGCUACCAGGUAGGCAAAAAGAGAUAAGGCAGCAGAUAACAGGGAACUUCGUGGCAUUUCCUGCAGUCACCCUCCCGUAGGAGCUGGCUUUGGUCCAUUUAAAGUAUUUGGUUUAUUUAAUCCUACCCACAUAUAGUUCACUCAGGAAGAGGCAACUUGCGACUUGUACUACCCAGCACCUAAACAGGGGCGUUUAGUUUCACACACACAAGUAAUAAAAAUAGCUAAAACGCAGAGAUAAACAGACAUCAUACAAAAAUCCAUGAAACGUUAACCCACAUGAAGGUAUUAACACACACGGAAGCAUACAGCGUAUAUAAAGUACGUGUGUAUCUAGGUGUGGAGGCUGGUAAGCGUGUCCCGGUAGGUAUACACGUCCGAUUCCCAGUUUCUGCGCGGCUGGAGCCGGCCGGGACCCGCGGGGCAGGUGAGCGGCGCUGGCUGCGGGGGGCAGCCCGGCCCCCAAGGAGUUACGGAGCGAUUACUUCAUGUUCCAGCGGCCGCCUUCAGCCACCCCCCCGGCCCGUUUCACAAUCCCGGCUCUCGAGCAGCCCCGUCAAGCCGGGCGCGCUCCGUGAGCACACACCCCCCGUGUUCUCAUGCCGGAUUUUCCCAGGCCAUGAAUAAUCUCGAAGCCCCCUCAAUAAAUACACGUUCAGGGAUGCCCGGAGCUCACUCACCCCGCCAGCCUCGCCGACGACAAGGGGCCAAAGGAGCCGAGCAGAAGCCGCAGCAUGAAGUUCGGCGGGGACUGUGGCUGCGCCCGGGGCCGCCGCCGGCCGGGCGCGCUCCGCGCCGCGCUGCUGCCGCCGCCGCUGCUGCUGCUGCUGCUGGUGCCGCGGGCCGCCGCCGCCCCGCUGCCCCACGCCGACUCCUCGGGGGAGGCCGAGCUGGACGAGGCGGCGGCGCGGAGAGCGGCGCUGCCCGACAGCCUGCGGCUGGCGCAGCUGCUGCACGACCGGGCGACGCAUCUGCGGGACGAGAUGUGCGAGAAGUUCACCAUCUGCCAGAACAGCGUGGAAGUGCUCCUCCGCAACAACCUCAACCUCCCCAAGGUGACGGAGGAAGAUGGGUGUCUGCUCGCCGGCUUCAAUGAGGAUAAAUGCUUGAGAAAAAUCUCCAGCGGGCUUUAUACAUUUCAGACGUAUCUCAAAUACAUACAAGAAACUUUCACUAGCGAAAACCAAAAUGUUGAAUCGCUAUCCUAUAGUACAGAGCACCUGGCACGUACCAUAAGACGGAUGGUGAUCAAUCCCGAAGAAGUGAUCAUCCCAGAUGCAGCUACCCAGGAAUCUCUCCACACAAAGCUGAAAUCCACUAAGGCCUGGACAGAGAAAAUCACCAUCCACCUCAUCCUCCAAGAUUUUACUUCGUUUAUGGAGAAGACAGUGAGGGCUGUGCGCUAUUUGAAAAACACCAGGAGUUUCAGUGUCUGAAUGUUUUAGUUCAGGCACAAUCCUUUUGUUACAAAUCUGUCAGGUGGCAGAUAACAGUGUUGUUCUGUUUUAAGAACUAGAAAUAGUAACAAUGGUUUGCAUCUAUAUAUAUUUCCAUUUCCUUCGAGGAACUUAUUUAUUGUAUUUAAAAUAUUUAUUAGUUUUUAAUAUUUCUUAUUUAUAUGUUCAAUAUUUAGAAAUAAUUUAAACAAAUUAUGUAUUUUAUUUCCUUUCUAAUGGUACUGUUCAGAUAUAAACUUAUUUAAUAUGUAUUUAACAAAAAUUUUGUAUAACUUACAUUUUUAUAUAUUUGAGAGAUGACUUUUUUAUAUUUUUAGGACAAAUAAAAGCCGAUUUUUAAAAAAAGCUUGUAUAACCUCUGUGAACUUUAAACAAGACUAAAGCACUCUAAUAUAUCCAGUUUUUAAUACCUGCAAUUAUCAGAAUAACCACUUUCAAGAACUUCUCUAUAUGAUAAAGCCAUUUCUCUACAUAGCACACAUGUACACAAGUACAGACAACUUGAUUACCGUAUAAUUCUUAAAAUUGGAUAUGAAGGAACCAGAUGCACUGAAAACAGCACUUAAGAAUGAACAAAAUAUCAAUGCUCCUGAGAAACAAAUGGACAAGUGCCUUAUAUUUAAUAAGGGACACACAAUAAAAUUGUUUGCAAGGAUCUUCUUACAAGUCAAAUACUAUCUUUUAAACAAAUAAAGUGGUGUGAGAGCCACAUUAACCACUUUGACAUGAAUACUAUCCUCUGAUUAGUUUUAUUGCUGUCAUCCAGGGGAAUUUUCCAAGUUUGGUUAAUCAUUUCUGGCCCCUACCCCAUGAAGUAGAAAAAAAAAUUUAGGUUAUUUCCUAAAGCAAUAUAAAUCAACAUACUGCUGCUGAGCAAUGCAGCAACAUGCAUUUGUCUUCUAUAAUUUAUAUUUCACUAGUAUGGACAUGCCACAUACCAUGAAUGCAUAUUCUUGAAUACUUGUGUGAAAAAAAAACCCCAAAAAACAAAAAAAAAGAACAGGACUUAAGCCUGAGUACCAAAUCACUGAAACUUCCUUGGCUGCAUCAUCUGCAGCACUGUAGCUGUGCAGGUACCUCAUAUACCCAAACUCAGAGGAAGUCACACAGGGGAUGCAGGCAGCAGAAGGUCCUCAAGCUUUGUCCCUAAAAAUGGUAAAUUAUUCAUUACCCUCACUUUUCCUUCUGGCACAGUGGUGAAGAUGUGCAGAUGAAAGGCAUGCCUUGGAAUGUGGAUAAGGAUGCCAGCAAACUCUCCUCUUCCUCUGAGUGAUCUGAUUGUCCACAUAUGCAUUCCACCACUGGAGAUGCCAAAACAGUGACCAGUCCACCCACUGCUCACAUGUCAGAUGCUCAAAACAAAACAAACCACUGCUUUGCCCAAUAUGGUAAAACUGUCAUCUCAAGUUGAGCAACAUCUGGAGAAGGAAUGAGGAGAUAUCAAGAUCUUUAAAGAGGUCUGUGGUGAAUGGGUUUUCUAACAGCACAUAAGAUCCUACUCUAACAGUCCUGGCACAUGCUCCAGGAAACAUAGGAAAGCCUGUCUCAGUCUUUUCACUUCUUACACUCACAGGGAUUUUCUUUUAGUGACCAUUUGUUUAGAGACCUUUCUGGCUUUUAUUAUGCCAAUAAUAGCUGUAAGACCCAAAGUCAAUCCCACAGUGAACCUAACUACUAUGUGAGAACGGGGUGGGGGGGGAAACAAAGGGAAAAAAAAAAACUGACCAAAAGAAAAGCCAUCUCCUGGUUUCACUUCUCCCAGAAGAGUGGCUGCCUGAGAUCACCAUUAGCUACCAUGUACACUGCAUCUAAACAAAGUCACACUGAUCUCCUGAAACACCAAAAAUCGUGUAAGAAUUGGAGUGCUGAAAUCCCUUGCAACUGACAGACAAACACUGACACUUCAACCAGCACCCUCCAGCUGAUGGCUACCCCAGGCUGACUGCAAUUCUAGUAAAUAUGUAAAUGCUGCCAUGUUUUAGGGUGCAGAAAAUGAACAAAGAUUACUACUUGUUGGGUGGGGAGGUCAACUUUCAAGUCCUUCCUGGAGCAAAGUGUUAUCCCUGAUGGUGCCACUGAGCUGACAUUAUUUCACCUCUGGCUCCUCCACAGUUCUCAGGGUCCUUCAAUGCAGCAGCUGCCUUGCUGGCCAUCAAUCUCCUGUCACAGUGGCAACUUCAGGGACUGCUCCCAGGAUCAGCACUACUUGCUGAAACCAACACUCACUCGUGUUUCUGUCACACAAAUAUUUGAAGUGGGGAAUUCAGAUGAAAG